CUCGACCGUUUCUCUCUCUCUCUCUCUCUCUCUCUCUCUCUCUCUUUUUCUCUCUCACAGUGAAGAACUAUUAGUGCAUUUGCAGGUCCUUCUUCACCGUUUCGUCGAUAGGAUCUGCAAAUUGCACCCAAAGACACAAUUACUCUCUGUCUCUCUGUGUAUUCUGAAACACUGUUUGCCUGUGAUUUGGUCACGGUGUUUGCACAACUAGAACUUUCUAGAAAGGAUUAUAAUGUUCUUGGGGAUUGGUUUCACUCUUUCAUUGGGAAAGAACAAUGUCAAGGUUUAGUACUACAAGUUGUAAGCGAGUUCGACCUCCUGUUACUACUGCCCCUGGUCGAGAAACUGAUGCUUCUCAGAAAAUGAGGCCUAUUAUUGGGAGGACUAGUGGCCCCACAAGACGCUCAACAAUGGGAAAAUGGACUGCCGAAGAGGAUGAGCUAUUGCGGAGGGCAGUUGAACAUUAUAAAGGAAAAAGUUGGAAAAGAAUAGCGGAAUGUUUUAAAGAUCGGACAGAUGUGCAGUGCCUGCACAGGUGGCAGAAGGUCUUGAAUCCUGAACUCUUCAAAGGUCCAUGGUCUAAAGAGGAGGAUGAAAAAAUAAUCGAGUUGGUGAAUAGAUAUGGGUCAAAGAAGUGGUCAACCAUUGCAGAAGCAUUGCCUGGACGUAUUGGAAAGCAGUGUCGAGAAAGGUGGCAUAACCAUCUUAAUCCUAACAUAAGCAAGGAACCGUGGACAGAGGAAGAGGAGCUGGCUCUAAUUCGUGCUCAUCAAAUUUAUGGGAACAAGUGGGCUGAGUUAUCAAAAUUCUUGCCUGGAAGGACGGACAAUGCAAUAAAAAAUCACUGGAACAGCUCUGUGAAAAAGAAAUUGCAAUCUUAUUUGGCAUCAGGAUUACUUGAACAGUUUCAAGGUCUGCCUUAUGUAGGAAAUCCAAGUUCAUCCUCUGUGGGUGUGCAGCAGUGUCAAGUAGAUAUGGUUGAAGAUGAAAAUUCAGAUUGUAGUCAAGGAUCAAUAGCUGUCAUUUGCUCUCAAUUUGAUUCUGGAACAGAAAUUGCAGCGCAGAAUCUUAGGACUGCGGAAACAGGUUGUAGAAAGGGGCAUACUAUGGAGAAAUAUUCAUUACUGGAAGCUGAAACUCCUGGACAUGAGGAUUACCACUUUAGUUCCCAUAAUCUGCCCAACAUCUUUGUGGAUGACUUGCAUGAAUCAUCAGGUUUUGGAACAUCUGAACAUAGCAAUUGUGUAAAUGAAAUCUGUGACAAACAUUCUAUUCUAUCACGGAGUUCUGUGGGAUUCAACACUUCUGCUACAAUGGAAAACAUGAACCUAUUGAUAUCUGAGAGUGAUUUUUUUGAGAAUACAUUCUCAGAUACAAGAAUUCCUGGAUUCUUUUUUGAUGGCAAUGUGACAGAACGAUCAAAUAACCUGGAUGUGGGAAAAAAUUCAGUGAUUUGCCAAUCUGAAUCUCAGAACUCUGCAAACACCAGAAUCUUUGCUAUGGAGUCAUGUGACCCUCUAAAGGAUGUACAAGGAGGAACUUCAGAAUUCGAGGCCAUUACAAGUUCAAGAGAUGACUUCAUCUAUGUUGAUUCUCCUGAUAUUGAUUUAGAUGAAAAAGAUGACCCUAUGAAAAUAGAUGAGGCAAAGAAUAAUCCAAAGCUCGUUCCUGUUGAUAUUUUUAGUGCAGUGGUCUCAGAUUCUAUGCGAAAAUUUUCCUCCAAUGAUGAGAAUGCAAAACAAAUUUCAAAGUCAGAUGAAGCAAUGGUUACUUCAAAGCUGGCUCCUGCAGAUUUGUUUGGUUCAGUGAACUCAGAUUCUAUGCAACUCCUUCCCUCAAUGGAUGAGAAUGGAGCUACUGCAUAUAAAGACAGAAGGGGUUCAGGAUCUCUGUGUUAUGAGCCUCCUUGUUUUCCAAGCUUAGAUAUUCCUUUUCUCAACUUUGAUCCCAUAGCAUCUGGUGGUGAUAUACAGCAAGCAUAUAGCCCUCUUGGGAUUCGUCAACUACUCAUGCGUCCAAUGAACUUGUCCUCACCAUGCAGCUUAUGGGAUUCACCAAGUCACAAAAGUACUCCAGAAGCUAUAUUAAAGAAUGCCAGUAAGAGCUUUACAUGUACGCCAACCAUCAUGAAAAAGAGACUGCGUGAUUUUUUGUCACCAGUUGAAGAAACAAAGGGAGACAAAAAAAUGGGAAAGGACAAAAACAUGAAGAAAUUUAGCUUGACAAGUCCUUUUUCUUCCCUGGAAUCUAUUUUAGAUGAGAAUGGGGCUUUGGCAAUGUCCAUAUCUUCUAUUGAGGAGAUGCUCGAUUGUGUAGUUGACCAGAAAGUGAACACUGCAGAAUCAAUGCAUGAUAAAGCUAAUACAGACCAUGCUUUUGAGGAGAAUAAAGAGAGCAUUGCAAAGGAAAAUAGAAUAUUAGAGAAAGAUGUUGGAAUCACUAAUUCUCUAGAGAAGAUUAAGAAGGGUACCUUGAAUAUUGAUCCUAAGGCCAAGCCUACAGGACUGCUUGUUGAGCGUAAUUUAGAUGAUCAGCUGGUCUUUUCUCCGGAUACAGAUGAACAUCAAACAACUACAGCCUUGAGUAUGGCAAUUUUGAGUCCCAAAGGCCAAUAUGUUAUAAGGUUGGACACCAAGUCAUACCAGGGUGACAAUAUAGAGUCAUCCUCUCUGAAAAAUGAAAAGUGUAUAGUUCCAGCUACAUCUUCAGAAUGUGCACCAUCAUUAAGGCCUCUAGAAACCAGUGGAAAUUAUGGGAACGAUGCUGAUAUUCAAAGCUUUAGCACAUUUGAUGAGACUCCAGAUAGAAAAAGAGGAAUUGAAUCUCCAUCAGCAUGGAAGUCUCCUUGGUUUUUAAGUACUUUUCUCCCACCAAGAGUUGAUGCAGACAUGACACUUGAGCAGGAUUUGGGAUACUUCUUGAGCCCUGGGAUGAGGUGCUAUGAUGCCAUUGGGUUGAUGAGACACCUAAGUGAGGAUACUGCAGCUACAUAUGCCAAUGCCUUGGAUGUUUUGACAAAUGAUGAUCCUGAAAUGCCCUCAAAGACAUUUUGCUCCAGCGACAAGAAUUUAUCUGACCUGGACAAUUGUUUUCUUCAUAACAACCAGGAGAAUAUGCCUCCUGGUUUCUUGACGGAGCAACGUGUUCUCGAUUUCAGUGGAUGUGGGACGCCUGGGAAGGGUACAGACAACAAGAAAUUUCCUGAGAACACAAGUGCUAAAAGCUUUUCAAGCCCCAAAUCCCAUCUGAUGAGGAAUUGCAGAUAGUGUGUUUUAGUACUACUGUGAGUAUGAUAUAUAUUAUAUACAUGUGUGCAGUUUUUAUGUAUUUUCAUCGGAAGUGGCAAGGCUUUAUGCAGAGUUAUUGUAUAGUUUGUUCAAUACAUUUUAGAGUUGUGCUUGAUCCCAUUGUUCUUGUUUGAACUUGGGGGGUGACAAGUGUAUGUUCAAUUCAUCUGUAGAUAUUGCUCUCUGCUUUAUAAUAAUUCUGAUAUAUUGGACAAAAUUAUACUCUGUAAUCUUGGAUCGUAAAUUAGAGGACAACCUUUUUAAAA